CGGAGGAUGGAAAUAGUCUGGGAGGUGCUUUUUCUCCUUCAAGCCAAUUUCAUCGUCUGCAUAUCAGCUCAACAGAAUUCACCAAAAAUCCAUGAAGGCUGGUGGGCAUAUAAGGAGGUGGUCCAGGGGAGUUUUGUUCCAGUUCCUUCCUUCUGGGGAUUGGUCAACUCUGCUUGGAAUCUUUGCUCUGUUGGAAAACGACAGUCACCAGUCAACAUAGAAACCAGUCAUAUGAUCUUCGACCCUUUCCUCACACCGCUACGUAUCAACACUGGUGGCAGAAAGGUAAAGAGCAUCGUCACGCUUGUGACUCACUACACUGGUAUUCGAGUUACUGGGGACAUCUGA